AUGGAAGCGCGGUUCUUGGCUUUAUUGCUUUUGUUUUUGCUCUUGAAGGAGCAACCCAUUGCCCUUGGAGACCCAGUUUCUAUAUUUUCGCCGAAGUCUUCGAGUCAAGAUAGUGAAUCGCAGUGCGAAGGAUAUUGUUUGUCGCUAGUGAAACCCCUUAUUGAUCGUGUCAUAUUUCUUAAACAAACAACCGAUGUUAGUGGGGAAUGGCAAGCCAGAUUAAAUGUUUUGGCCGAAACUAUCAAGGACUUGCAAAGUGAAUUAUCCUUUGCUGAUGUUCAAAUCGAAACCAAACAGGAAAUUAUUAGGUUAAUUAACAAUCAACUUGAGGAAAACAAGGCAAAUUUUAAAAUAAAAGACGAACUUAUUGAACUGAAAGAUAAGGAAAUAAAGGACCAAAAGAACGAACUACAUCAGAUCGACGCCAAAGUGAAUAAUAUGACGGAAACUAUUCAGAACCUAAAGAGUCAGUUAACAGCUGCUAAUUACCAAAAAAUAAUCAAUGAGGAGCAAAUAAAUAACAAAAAUGAAGAGCUCAAGAAGAACAACGAAGAGUUUAAAAUCAAAUAUGAAUUGAUAAUACUAAAAGACGAGCAAAUCAGGAACCAAAACUAUCUGCUAAAUAACAAAACUGAUCUGGUAAAUAACAUGACGAAAAUUAUUGAGAAACUGCAGGGACAGCUAACGAUUUCAGAGAACCAUAUAACAAUCGACGAAAACAAAAUAAAUGAAUUGAACAUUGAAAUCCAGAAAAACAAUGAAAACUUAAGAAUCAAGGAAAAUCUAAUUGUAUUGAAGGAUCAACAAAUUAAAGACCAAACCGAUCUGCUAAAUAAUAUAGACGACGAAGUAAAUAAUAUGACGGAAACUAUUAAGAGCCUGCAAAGUCAGUUGACUACUGCUAAGGACCAAAUAAUAAUCGAUGAAGAUCGAAUAAAUCAGCAAAAUAUAGAAAUCACGGGAAACAAGGAAAGCUUAAAAACUAAAGAGGAUCUUAUUUUACUGAGAGACCAAAAAAUUAACGACCAAAUGGGUCUGCUAUUACGUAAGGAUGAAGAAUUGUUUAAUAUGACGAAACUGAUUAGCAACAUGAAAAGUCAGUUAGAACUUUCCGAGGGACAAGUUAUAACAAAUGAGAAACUAAUAAGCGCUAAAAAUACUGAAAUUAAAGAAAACAUUGAAAAGAUUAAGCUAAAGGAUGAUCUUAUUUUGUCAAAAGAGGAGCAAAUCAAAAAGCAACAGGAUCAGCUUAGUAUCAAGGAAACUAAUCUGAAUGAAAUUAUUAAGAAUCUGGAGAGUCAGCUGGCAAUGGCUAAGGAUCAACUUAAGUUAAAUGAAGAGCAAAUGCAUCAAAAAGAUAAAGAAAUCAAAGAAAACAGUGACAAAAUUAGUUUCAAGGAUAAUCUUAUUAUAUUAAAAGAGGAGCAAAUUGUAAAGCAAAAGGAUCAGCUUGACAGAACCGAAAAUUUCAUAACUGAUAUUAUUAAGAAUUUGCAAGGUCAAUUACUAACUGCCAAAUCUCAAAACAAAGCCAAUGAAGAGCUCAGUAAAAAACAAGGAUGGUAA